AGGAUAUAAGAGGAGCUGCGCAAUGUCAACAGUAGACCAGAACAAAUCGCUUUCAGGAAGGGAUACCUCUUAACACCUCGAACGGGGACUGUUUCUGAGAUUUUUACUUUAAUUUUGAGUCCAUUCAGCUCGUCUCCAUCGAAGCGGGAUGCCUUUCCUCGGACAGGACUGGAGGUCACCGGGUCAGAGCUGGGUUAAAACCGAGGAGGGAUGGAAAAAGACAGCGGCAGACGAGAAAAACAACAACGUCUCCGUGCAGAGCUUCUGCAAAGCCGAGGAGGAGGAGGAGUGUUUCAACAAGGAGAACCUGCUGCUCUCUCUCGGCUACGACAUGGCUGCCAAGAAGAGGAAAAAAGACCUCAUGAACAACAACACCAAGGUCCCCUAUUUCCACAGGGAAAAGUGGAUUUAUGUUCAUAAAGGAAGCACCAAGGAGCGCCACGGAUAUUGUACACUGGGAGAGGCCUUCAACCGCUUAGAUUUCUGCAGCGCCAUCAAGGACACGAGGAGAUUUAAUUACGUCGUCCGACUCCUGGAGCUUAUCGCCAAGUCCCAGCUCCCCUCGCUCAGCGGUGUGGCGCAGAAGAACUACAUGAAUAUUCUGGAGAGAGUGGUACAGAAAGUUCUCGAUGACCAGCAGAACGUCCGGCCCAUCAAGGAGCUGCUGAAGACGCUCUACAUCUCGCUGUGUGGUCUCGUGCAGGACAUGGGCAAGUCAGUCCUGGUGGGGAACAUCAACACCUGGGUGCAUCGCAUGGAGAACAUCAUGCAGUGGCAGCAGCGGCUGGACAACAUCCAGAUCAACAGGCCCACAUCUACAGGCAUGACUCUGACCGAGCUGCCCAUCAGUCUGCAGCUGAACAUCAUGCAGCGUCUGUCGGACGGCAGGGACCUGGUGAGCCUGGGCCAGGUGUGCCCUGAGCUGGGGGCCCUCACUGAGGACCGGCUGCUGUGGAAGAAACUCUGCCAGUACCACUUCACAGACAGACAGAUCCGAAAGCGCCUGAUGGUGUCAGAUAAAGGUCACCUGGAGUGGAAGAAGAUGUACUUCAAGCUGAGCCGCUGCUACCCUCACAGAGAGGAGUACAGUGACACCCUGCACUUCUGCACACACUGCCACAUCCUCUUCUGGAAGGACACAAACCAUCCCUGCACAGCCAACAACCCAGAAAGUUGCACCAUGUCCCUCUCCCCUCAGGACUUUAUCAACCUUUUCAACUUCUGAUACCAAAACAAAUCCAGAUGAACUGACUGUACAUACUGUACAUAGACGUGUACCAUAUUGUUUUUUUGUUUAAUGGCACUAUCAAUUCCUGGAUGUGUAUUUUAGUUGAGGUAAGACUGGAGGGGGCUCAGGCUGCGGGACAAUUAUGCAAUCGCGUUUCUUUUGUAAGAGGACAGACUCUCCUGGGAGAGUUCGCUGUUGAAAGUGAGUGAAUGUGACCGAGAGGAAGGAGAGACGUCGGAACAGUCGGCGGAGGCAGACUGCGGGCCUGUAGGUGGAGAAAGGGAACACUGGUCAGAGUUUAGUCUUAGUUUAAUGUGUUGUGUGAAAUGACACGUCCAAAGUAAACCUGAUCCUUGAUGUGCACACUUGUGUUUCCUGUUAUGAAGAAGCUGGUUUUGUUUUAUUUUUGUUUUUUUUUCCAACGCAGGAAAUUGGAAGAUUUUUCAAACUUGUUUUGUUUGACGUUUGAAAUUGUGAUUUGUUUAAUAUAUUAGAAGGCCUGCUCAUAUGGGGGGGUGAAGAAGUUGCAGUAUUGUUGUGUUUGGCACUGAGAGGAGUACAUGCUGCGGUACCUAAGGAUAUUGAAUGUAAGCAACGGGGUCAGUUACUGUUUGUUAUGUUAUCACACCACAGUAUGUUUUCUAUUUUUUUUUUGGUUGUUUUUCACUUUUAUAAAGAUUUGAUAAGAAUUUUUUUAAAGAAAUUGUGUGUUUGUGUUCCUGCUGUGGCUGCUGUAGCCGCAGCACCUGAGUGCAGUAUUACCAAAGAUAUCAAAGUCAAUAAUAUUACAAUGGUGUGUGCCUUCAUUAUAAAACUUGAAACCAGUACAGCUUAAUCCUUGUUUGCAAACUUCUCAGAUCCCAAUGCUGUUUUUUGUUCUUGUUUUUUUUUGUUGUUGUUUUUGUUGUUUCUAGUAUUAUCAGCAAAAGAUUUGAAGUUCUGAUACCAAAGUUGAGAUUUUUCUGUAGCCCCUUGCAUGAUUUUUUUUUUCUUUUUUCUUUUUUUUUUUAAACACACAACUAAUUGACUUUAUUUAUUAAGAUUCUAGCAAGUGGCUCAGCUUGCACUAUUGGGUUUGAAGGAAUGCAACUAUUGGUAUAAAGGUGCACUUUGACCCCGACUUUCUGCUGUCACUGCUCAGACAGUGAGGAUUGAUGUACAUGCUAUGCGAUGCGUUCUGUUUAUGUUCUGUGGAAUAAAUGAAAGAGAAUAACUUC